AUGGCUCUUGUAUCCCGGAAGGUUGGUAUGUGGCUCUUGUGUCCCGGGAAGCAGAGCGGCCGCACACCUCUCCUAGCAGAGCGGCCGCAGACCUCUCGGAGCAGAGCGGCCGCAACACCUCUUCUCGGAGCAGAGCGGCCGCACACCUUCUCUGCAGCAGAGCGGCCGCAGACCUCUCAGCAGAGCGGCCACACAGCCUCUCUCACAGAGCGGCCGCAGACCUCUUCAGAGCAGAGCGGUCGCGACACCUCUCUCGUAGCAGAGCGCGAGACCUCUCUCGGAGCAGAGCGGCCGCACACCUCUCCCAGCAGAGCGGCCGCAGACCUCUCAGCAGAGCGGUCGCACACCCUCUGCAGCAGAGCGGUCGCACACCUCUCAGCGGCCAGAGACCUCUCUCGAGCAGAGCGGCCGCACACUUCUCCGGAGCAGAGCGGCCCACACCUCUGCAGCAGAGCGGCGCACACCUCCCGUAGAAGCGGCCGCAGACCUCUCUGGCGAGCGGCCGCACACCCUCUCUGGAGCAGAGCGGUCGACACCUCUCCGGAGCAGAGCGGCCGCGACACCUCUCUGCAGCAGAGCGGCGACACCCUCUUCGUAGCAGAGCGGCCAGACACCUCUCUCGCAGAGCGGCCAGAGACCUCUUCCUUGCAGCAGAGCGGUCGCACACCUCUGCAGAGCGGCCGAGACCCUCUGGGAGCAGAGCGGCCGCACACCUCUCUGGAGCAGAGCGGGUCAGAGACACCCUCUGGAGCAGAGCGGCCAGACACCUCUCAGAGCAGAGCGGCCGCACACCUCUCUAGCGGCCGCAGACCUUCGGAGCAGAGAGCGGCCGAGACCUUCUGGAGCAGAGCGGCCGCACACCCUCGUAGCAGAGCGGCCGCACACCUUCGGAGCAGAGCGCCGCACACCUCUCAGAAGCAGCCGCAGACCUUCAGCGGCCGCGAGACCUCUCUCUGUAGCAGAGCGGCCGCGACACCUUCCUCAGAGCGCAGCCGCAGACCUCUCUCAGAGCAGAGCGGUUGCACACCCUUCAGAGCAGAGCGGCCGCAGACCUCAGAGCAGACACCUCUUCGAGCAGAGCGGCCGCAGACCUCGGAGCAGGAGGCCAGAGACCUCUCGGAGCAGAGCGGCCGCGACACCUCUUCUCAGAGCAGAGCGGCCGCAGACCUCUCGGAGCAGCGGCCGCACACUCUUCAGCAGAGCGGCUGCACACCUCUCUGGAGCAGAGCGGCCGAGACCUUCUCGGAGCAGAGCGGCCGCGACACUCUCUUCGUAGCAGAGCGGCCGCAGACCUCUCGGAGCAGAGCGGGCGCACAUCUCUCAGAGCAGAGCGGCCGCACACCUCUCUCAGCAGAGCGGCCGCACACUGUAGCAGGACGCAGACCUCUCAGCGGCCGCACACCUCUCGGAGCAGAGCGGUCGCACACCUCUCUGGUAGAGAGCGGUCCACACCUCUCUCAGCAGAGCGGUCGCACACCCUCUCAGAGCAGAGCGGUCGACACCUCUCUCAGAGCAGAGCGGUCGCACACCUCUCGUAGCAGAGCGGCCGACACCUCUCCUGCAGCAGAGCGGUCGCACACCUCUGUAGCAGAGCGGUCGCACCUCUCAGUAGCAGAGCGGUCGCACACCCUCAGAGCAGAGCGGUCGCACACCCUCUCUGCAGCAGAGCGGCCGACACCUCUCUGUAGCAGAGCACACGCUCACACCCUCUCUCGGCAGAGCGGUCACGAGGCCACUCUUUCUUAUUUUUCAUAUGACGUCACAUAG